GUCAUGUGACCAUCUUGUGUAGGUCACGUUUUAACAUGAACAAGGAAAUAAAAUACUUCCCAACUAGGUGUGUGGUUCAUCAAUGCUCAAAUGUAAUCGGCAUUAUUUAAAAGGUGAGUAAUUUGAUCUUUACAGAAUUAUUGAGGUUGGGUGGAAAACAAAAAAGGCCGAAGACUGUUGCCAUCGGGAGUUGGAAAAAUAGACAAUGAAAAAUUGUUUAAUGUGAAAAGAAAGACCGAAGUUCAUAGUAGAUAUAUCGAGUAUCAUGUCAAAUACGGGACAUAGUCCUGUACCACGUGACCGGGAUGCAGACAAUAAAAUCUAUAAUUCUAAACUCGUUCUUACAAAACUCAAAAUCGCUGAAAACUCAGGACAAAAGAAUGCAUCAAAAACAGUUUCACUGAAAGAACAUGAUGAUUCUUCUAAGCUACAGACAGGACGAUCUGAUGAUAAAGUAUUUAGCUCGAUUGUUUGUCUAACGAAAAUCCACAGUGAUAAAAGUAUGGUAAACUCGGAACCAAAAUAUGCUUCUAAAACAGUAAAUACCAUACUGCAAAAUAGUCCUAUCAUACAGACAGGACAAAAUGAGGAUCAAAUGUUUAACGCUGUGGUUUGCCUCGCUAAGAUCGACACAAAUAAAGUAACGAAAAACCUUGAACAAAAGCAUGCGUCAAAAACAGAAACGCCUACACUGCAAAAUAGUUCAAACCUUCAGACAGGACAAUCUGGGGAUCAAGCGCUUAACCCUGUGGUUUGUCUUGCUAAAAUCAACACUGAUGAAAUUACCAAAAAGUCAGAACAAAAGUAUGCCUCAAAAACAGUAUCUCCAAUACUGCAAAAUAGUUCAAACCUGCAGACAGGACAAAAUGAUGAUAAAAUAUUUCAUUCGGUAGUUUGCCUCACUAACAUCAAAUUAAAUGAAGUCUCAGAAAUGUCAGAACAAACAAUUUCAUCAAAACCAGAAAAACACGAUCUACAAGAUGAUCCUAUCCUGCAGGCAGUACAAUGUAAAGAUACAAUGUUUAGUUCUGUAGUUUGUUUAUCAAAAAUGAAAUCUUUUGAGAGAUCAGCAAUAAAAUCAUUUCCCACGGACAUACUACCGGCUAAAACACAGGUCAAUUUAGAGUCACUACUUAUUCCUAGCAUAGAGAAAAUAGAAAAAAAUCCCAAAGAUAAAAAAUGCAUUCCAAAAGGCAGAACUAAAUCAACUAAACCACAAACAGAAAAUGUAGAUCCCAAACUUUUCAAUUCAGUGGUUCUUCUUGACAGAAUCAAAGUCGAUGAAAAAUUGGAAAAUAAUCGUUCGAAAGGAAAAUCGAUGAAAAGGCUUAUGGAGUUGAAAUUGAAAAAUCGACCAAGAAUGAUAAACAUCGAUAACAAACUUAAACGUAAAAAGUUUAAACCGAACGUGAAGCUUGACAUAUUAGCGUCUAAAAUACUAAAAUCAAAUGAGUCCACAAGACUUCCAAAAGAUUCACUUAAAGCAAUCGACUCGCAUGAUCAUAACGAGAAAAUUAAAUCCGAUGAAAUAUCCCAAACAAACGAUGAAAAUGAUGUAGAAAAUAGAUCCGUAACGAUUGAAACACCCAUGACAAACAACUCAAAUGAUUCAUCUGAUAUAAUCCAACUAUAUGUUUCAUUCGAGAUAAACGAAUCUGAUGAAAACCAAUCAGAUGUUUCAUCCGAGAUAAACCAACCAAAUGAUUCAUACGGGAUAAACCAACCAGAUGAUUCACCCGAAAUCAUCCAACUAGAUGAUUCAUCCGAAAUAAUCCAGUCAAAUGAUUCACCCGAGAUAAUCCAAUCAGACGAUUCAUCUGCAGUUGAGAUAAUCCAAUCAAACGAUUCAUCUGCAGUUGAGAUAAUCCAAUCAGAUGAUUCACCUGAGAUUAUCCAACCAGAGGAAACUUUAGAGAUAUUUAAACGAGCUGAUUUAUCCAAGACAAUCGAAGCAGGAGAUACAUAUAAGGCAUUCCAAUCAAAGGAUACUCCCAACAUAAUUGAAUUAGACGAUUCUUCAGACAGACCGGAUAAUACAUCCGGGGCAUUCGAAUCAGAUGACACAGUCAAAGAAAUACAACUGGAUAAUACAAUUAAAACCGUCCCAAAAAAUAAUAUCAGCCAAAUAGAUCGACCAAUGGAAUCUACCAAAGUAAUCCAAUUGAGUAAGGCAAGCGAUUCAGCUGAUUUAUUUCAUUUAGUUGAAAAAAUCAAACCAAUACCAGUGGUCGGAUCAAGUCAUGCAAACAUACAAGUGGAACCUGAUCAUUCAAACAAAUUGUCAAAUUUAAAAGUCUCUUCUAGAAAAUCAAAAGAUUCAGACACCUUUAAGAAAUCAGACGAAAACUAUGAUUUAAAGCAUACAGGCCAAUCAAAGAAGCUGAGACAAAAUGAUUCAAGAGACAAUGAUAAUAGUGGACAAUCGAAAAAAAGAGAUAUUGGAAAGCACACAGUCCGCACAAAUGAUUUAAAACAAGCAACUAAACUUGACGCAACCCCAGGUGAUGGAAAACCCACCCGUCAAAUAUCUGUAUGUGAUAUUUGCAAUAAACAAUUUCGCGAUCGACGUUCAUUUAGAUACCACAUGCAAAGACACAGUGGAGAAUUAAAAUUUAUUUGUAAUAUUUGUAACAAAGAUUUUGCAGCUAAAAAUGCUUUAAAUAAACAUAAACAAAUACACGAAGGUAUAAAACCAUUUCAGUGCCUUACAUGCAACAAGAGCUUCUCCCAAAAGGUCAAUUUACAAACACAUGAGAGGAUCCAUACGGGGGAGAAACCAUUUAAAUGUGGAAACUGUGAUAAAGCAUUUGGCCGAAAGUAUCAUUUAGAUGUGCACAUGAUGACACAUACUGGAGAACGUGCUUACAAAUGCACCGUAUGCGACAAAUCAUUUAGAUCUAAAGGCCACUUAAGAGUACAUAUGCGCGUUCAUACUGGCGAACGGCCUUACAAAUGUACUUUAUGUUCUUCGAGUUUCAGUAGACUCCGUUCUUAUAAAGACCACCAGUCCAUACACACUGGUGACAAGCCAUAUUCCUGCGAUGUUUGCUCGAUGGCUUUUAGGUUGAAAUUAGCUUUAAACCACCAUAUGGCAACACAUGCAGACAAAAACAGUGUGCGUUGCAAACACUGUGGAAAAGGUUUUAAACACAUCAGUUACAUGAGAAAACAUAUCUCUGAAAUGCAUAUAGGAUUUAGAAAGCACAUUUGCAAAUUAUGCGAUAAAACAUUUAAAAGAGCGUACCAUUUAAAAUAUCAUAUGAUGGUACAUUAUGGCAUUAAACCUUAUCAGUGUGAUCAAUGUGGAAGAAAAUUCAGUGACUCGAAGAAAUUGAAAGAACAUAUUUGGCUGCACACUGGUGAAAAACCUCAUCAAUGUACCUUCUGUGACAAAAAAUUUCGAUUGAGAACGGUUUUACAACAUCAUAUCUAUUCACAUACCAAGGAACGGCCUCAUAAGUGUUCUGUUUGUAAUAAAGGCUUCACUUUGUCUUUUAAUUUGAAGAAUCACAUGAAUAUUCAUACUGGUGACCGCCCAUAUCAUUGUAAACGAUGUGGAAUGACCUUCGUUUUCAACCACCUAAGAAAACAUUUACGCUUUCAUUGUAAAAUGCGGCACAACAGUGAAAAUACUAAUGACAAAUCACUUGACGGAGGUGCGUCUGCGUCAGAGAAAAAUAAUGUGACAACCGUGCAAAAAGGUCGUAAAGGUCGUUCAACGGAAAAGGGAACACAAACAUACGUCUGCAGCGUUUGUAAUAAAGAACUUAGAACAAGUGUAGAUCUGCGCGUUCACACAAGAACACAUACAGGCGAACGCCCUUUUCAAUGUGUCAUCUGCAAAAAAUCAUUUAUGCGGAAAUCUGAAUUGAAAGAACAUACUAAACGACAUUCUCGGAUGGCAGUGGCGCGACCUUGGCCAUGUGAUGUGUGUCAGAAAACAUUUACUUAUAAAUCGGUCCUAAAUAAACACAUGAUGGUUCAUACUGGCGACAGGCCAUAUAAAUGUGGCGACUGUGGACAGGAUUUUGUGUUCGAAGCCUCAUUAACGAGCCACUGUAGAAAACAUGCUGGCAUUAAACCUUUUAAAUGUGGUCACUGCAAGAAGAUGUUUAUUACUCUAUCUCAAUUGAAAAGGCACGAAUUUAUCCAUACUGGCCUUAAACCAUACUCCUGUGAUCAAUGCGAAAAAUCAUUUGGUAGAAAGGAUCAACUGAAAACACAUAAGCACAAAGUUCAUUCAAAAAAUAAGUGUUCAGCCAAGAAAAAAGAACAAGAGGACGAUUCUUAAUCUUGCUUGAUUUUUUGAAGACAUUGCCAUAGAAAAAUACGAGUUUGUUUCUGCAAAUGAAUCAUGAAUUAACAAUAAGUGCAUGAUUUUAUCAAAUUUUGUAAAUAUUUUGAGCAAUUCUUGAUAUCGUUAAAAUUUGAAAGUAAAAAAAAUAAAAUCUACAAUACAAA